AUGGUUUUCCUUCUGCUUUUGUUUCAGUUAGCCCCUUGUGUGACAUCAUUAGACUUCAGUUUCUCCACCUUCCGAAACGGAAAAAACACCAUAUCUCUGGAGGGAGAUGCUCGCAUCGAUGGAGAAUUCCUCCUACUCACCAAAAGUGCUAUUGAUGACGUAAAGGAACAAAGUGUGGGCCGAGCCACCUACAGUCAACCCUUCCUCCUCCGCGACAACGCCACAGGAAAGCUUGCAGACUUGACCACAAAUUUCACAUUCGUCAUCGACUCCAAAGGCAAAACGCCAUAUGCUGAUGGACUGGUGUUCUUCAUAGCGCCAACGGGUCCUUACUCAACAGCACAUUAG